AUGUCACUGCGCUCUGAUGAAGAUAUUGAGGGGGGCGAAUAUGAUGUGGAAUGUAUCCUAGCCGAGCAGUGGCGAGGCUCCUGGGAUGUACAGCCCUUCGGUGCGGGCAUUAAAUACUUGACCAAGUGGGAGGGCACUUGGGAACCAGCAGUCAACUUCAACGACGUCUCGACACAACCUGAAGAGCCCUCAAGCACCACCGCACUGGAAUUAUGGAACGAAAAGAAAGCGAAAACUAGCAGAGCUGACUUCAGGAAGCUAUGCGACAGAAACAUAGCAAGAUAUGAGGCAGCGCUUAACAACCAACAUGAGGUGUCGCCUCUGGAAGGUGCUCUUGUAGAUAGAGAAGCUGCAGACUCCAGUCAAAUCAACCACUUAUUUGUGGACAGUUCUACUACGGACAACGCGGAGCUAUUCGCCAGACAGCCUCCAAAAGCGCGCAAGCCUCCCGUGGUGCAGUCAGAAUCCUCUUCUUCUGAAGGAGAGUUGACAGAUGACUCAUUGGUGGCAGAAAUGGCUACGACGUCGAGCAAGACAAAGCGUACGUCCACCGAUGCAGAAGACUCUAAUACUGGGCGUCGAGCAAUUCAAAAGUCAGCUCAGUCACCCCGUACUCCAUUGAAGCGUGCUGCGACCACGCCGAACCCGAAGUCAGUCACGACAUCGAGCUUGGCAAAACCUGCGCAAAGUAAAGAACUGCGUAGGAUUUCACUGCCGCAAGCAGAUUCAGGUCCCCGAAAUGAGCAAAUUGAAACAGUCUCCACCCAACGAAGGGCAAGUGACACUAUUGGACUUACAGACGCUGCUACGGGUAGUGCUUCCGCCACGCAUAACACUAUACGACCCGUUAGCACAACCUCAGGUACUGCAAAGCGACCAGUCUUUUUUGUGACACAAACUAGUUCUAGUAAGACCACAUCCAGCCUAGGAAAGAGUAGUGGUAUCAGGAUAGUAAACGAACAUAAACUCCAACCUCGUCAAACUUCUGCCUUGUUAAAGAAAACUCGCUUCCAAACAUUACGUCGACAGGGAGAGGCAGAUAAGAGGUCUCGUAGGGAGGGUACACCUGAUAUUGGGGCUCUCAAAUUCGUUAAUGGCCCAUCUGAUGCCGUUGUUUUGAAUUUACAGGCACCACGCAAUGAUCCAUACGCUCGUCGUGAAGCUGGCCAUAGGCGUGUCAUCGCAGAAGAGCCCCGAGACGACGCGCCUCUAGGGCGAGAGUCUACUGACAGGAACAUACCUUUGGAACCCUGGGAGUUUCACAAAGUUCCCCAGGUAUGCUAUCAAUGGAGACUUAGCAAUAACUGCACAAAAACCGCGAGGGAAUGCCGCUUCAUGCAUAGGCAUAAGGAUGACAAGGGCCGCGAUUAUCCUGUAGCGGAUGUGCAAGGUUGGGUACCUGGAAAAUAUCGUAGCCCACCACUCACAUGUCCGUUUUGGCUUAAUGGGCCAAAAGGUUGCAAGAAGUCUGCCGAAGACUGUCAGUUUGCGCACGAAAAUACCGGAUUGACGAAACAUAGCGACCCCACAAUGGGUGAUGUGCGAAUUGACAGUGGUCGGCAGCCAAAGCAUGAUGAUAGCAUAGAAAAUCCGCUCAGAGACAAGAAGACUAUGAAGUCUCUGAGACCAGAUCAGCUUACAUGCUGGUUCUGGAGCAAAGGCCGGUGUCGGAAAACAGAAGAGGAUUGUGCUUACCAGCACAGAAAUACUGGCAUUAUCGCAGAUGGGCCAUAUGAUGCUCAUCAGACGUCCGUUUCUGUGUCAAAUGUGCCUGACGAUAUGGAUGUCGACCAUACCAUCCAGCCGCAUACGACCGAUGAAGCAACACGUACGCCUACUCCCGUAUUAUCCGAACAACCGCAACAGUUCUCAUUCCAGCCACCACCUCCGGCUCCACCUCCACCCAUCAGAAAUGAGGUCGAGAUUCUAUGCAACCAAUUGCAAGCAAACGGAGGCUCAGUUUGCAGACUCGAUUUUGAGGAUAUGUUUGCGAGUAAUGAUGGCGAGGAACCUGGCAAUCUGCUAGAAAGUAGAGCUUUUCUAAUGUACCAUCCCAAAGACCAUUUCGAAGACUUGGAAAUCAUCACUCGAUGGUUGUUAUUGCACCAUGUCCAGGUUGCUAGUACGAGCUAUCAGGGUGCAUGGGCGGUUUUCCAGCAGCAAAUCCUACAAGGAGGUUCGGGCAUCAUCAUUGCACAUCCGGACGUUGAGUACUUCACAGCAUUUCCAGGUUUUGGCAAAAUUCUCCGCAGGGAUGUGCGUGUUUGGUCGGUCGGACUUCAGCCAAGUCCUGAGUACGACCCUGCUUUGACGAAUAUUCCUCCUGUGCUCCGAUAUGAGCGCAUUGAAAUCUUUCCAGUUGGUGGAUUCAUUUACAUCACGGAAGAAGUCUUUGAGACACAGCCACGACUUGCUUUACAGAUCAUCAAGCUCUUCUUCGCAAAGAUUACAAAUCUGAAGAAGCUUGCAGGUCCAUUGGCUCCGUGGCAAGAGGUCGAUGAUGCCAGCUUGUUCUGGCGUCUAUGCGUUCGCCCGGAGUUGAUGGAGUAUCUAUUGCAGAAAUGCGAAGACCAUGCGAUAGAUUUGGACGCUGGAAACGCUGACAUACAGAGUUGCGCCAAGCUCUACACGCUCCUCGCCGAAACCAACUACAUUGAGCAAGACGACCCAGAUGUUCCACUCAACGCUGUAGCCGACAAAUACCCAAUCCUUUCCGAGCGCCGUAUCAUCGCCGAAUGUGAGCCUGUAGACUACUUCAACACAGUCGCACGUAGCAAAGAAGCCGCUAACCUGAAUAUGAUCCGUUACUACGCCGGACUGCAGGUCGACUUGCGUCGUGAUUACCGCCACUUCUACGUGGUACAUACGGAGCCAAAUGCAGGGUAUGUCCAACAGUGGAAGGACGAGAUUCAAACCCUUGCCGAUGUCGUCACACCCGAGCAAUGCAUCAAGGAGUUUAUGAAGGAAGGGCUGGACAGCAUGUUUGACUUUUACGAGCGCUUUAUGCCAGAGAACGCAGGCUCAAAGGCAGGAGUCAAAGACGGUGACAUAACAAUGCGUGCAGGUUAG